AUGGCGCCCACAGCAACAGCAGACUCCAUGGUAGAUGGAAACAUACCGAUUGAAGAGGAAGAUCUGAUAAUUUCCGAUGACCUCCUACGCCUCAGAGCUGCAGAUAAGACACAAGUGCCAUUACUGUGCUUCCCAAAGUCUGAACAAGGUACUAUUGACUACGAAAAGUUUACAGGCAAGGAUAUAGAUCGAUUCGUGGAUCAGGCAGCAAAGUACUAUAUGAGAUGCGGAUUACAUCCUACCAAGAGCAGCCAUGAGACACCUCCAGUGAUCGCCCUGCUAGGUCCCACAGACCUUGCGUACAUAAUCACAUUCUUUGCGCUUGCCAGGUUAGGCUACACAUCGCUAUGCCUCUCGCCUCGACUCGCACCCAACGCAUGCGAGAAGCUGAUACGAGAAACGGGUGGAGUUGCGAUAAUACCGGGGAAAACCACACAAAUCGCCUCCCUUGUCGCCCACACACAAGAGCUCGUAAAAAUUGAAAGGAUAAAUUUGAUAUCCCGAGAAGAUUUUGAUAAGCCAGCAUCAAAGGAGCCACAAUUUCAGCGCCAGAAUGUAGACCGGAAGGCGGAGAAAGAAUGGACUCUAGGUAUUCUGCACUCGUCCGGCUCGACUGGGCUGCCUAAACCAAUCUAUCUUCCCCAUCGACGUCUCAUGAUGAAGAUACCUGCACCGAAGGAGCAGACCGAGUUCACUACUUUUCCUUUCUUUCACGGAUAUGGGAGCUGGGUAGUAGUACAUGGCAUGAUGGAUAGGAAGACGGUUUACAUGUACAAUCCUAGCUUACCCGUGACGGCGGACUAUGUUAUCAAAGUACUCCAUCAUGUCAAGCCCGAUAUACUGCAUGUGGUGCCAUACACAAUGGAGCUUCUCGCCCAGACUGAGAGGGGAGUUGAUGCAAUGAAAACUUGUAAAAGGGUGAUUUUCUCUGGGAGUGGCGCUCCCGAUUAUCUGGGAAAUGAUCUGGUUGCAAAAGGCGUCAACGUAGAAACACUAUGGGGUGCAACAGAAAUCGGUAGCCUUGGUACCUCGUCCAACCGUGCCCCAGGGGAUAAUUCGUGGGACUAUAUUCGGAUACCACCGCCUGUGGCGAAGUACAUAUGGAUGAAGCCUUUGGGAGACGAUACAUAUGAAUGCAUAUACCUACACGGAUUGGAAGCGCUUGUUGUUUCCAAUUCUGACGAUCCACCGAAGUCGUUCCACUCAAAAGACAUAUUUGUCAAACACCCAGAAUUGGAUGCUUGGAAACAUGUUGGUCGUUUGGAUGAUCGUCUGACCUUGAUCAACGGCGAGAAAAUUCUCCCCUUACCAACGGAAGGCCGAGUUCGACAAGACCCGCUCAUCAGAGAGUGCUGUAUCUUCGGCACUGGUAAGUCGAUACCUGGUAUCUUCGUUUUCAAAAACGACGAGUCGAGGGAUAUGCCUGACGAAGGAUUCAUCAACGCUAUUUGGCCUACUAUACAAGAGGUUAACGCUCAAAUCGAGAGCUUCUCACAGAUCAGUAAGGAAACCAUAGUGCCUUUUGGAGCCGAGGUCGAUUACCCAAAGACAGACAAAGAAUCGAUCAAGCGCUCGCAAAUCUAUCGUGUUUUUGCUAAAGAUAUGGAACUCAUGUACGAUAAGCUCGAAUAUACUGGGACUGGCACCUUGCAGCUCGAUAUACCUGCGAUGGAGGAUUGGAUCAUGAAGACGUUCAGGGAAACUCUAAGCGUGCAAAUUUCAAGUCCCCAAGACGACUUUUUCGCCGCUGGGGUCAACAGUCUAACAGCGAUACAAAUGAGGGGCCUGAUACUGAAAGAUCUCGAUCUUGGUGGCAACCACAGGAAACUCGGUCAAAAUGUGAUCUAUGAUACCGCGAAUGUGGCUGGUCUGGCAAGAUACCUCGAUGCGCUCAGGGUUGAUGACCUAAGGCCAGAGGAUGAUGAAAAUGAGAUUGAGGAAAUGGAGGCCAUGAUCAAGAAAUACUCGACAUUCCAAAAGCAUGUUUCGGGCUCAUCGCCCGCUCCUGAAGGCCAUAUCGUUGUCCUCACAGGCUCUACUGGAUCUUUGGGAACUCACAUUCUGGCCUUACUUCUCACCCGGCCUGAUGUGCACAAAGUUUACUGCUUGGUCAGGCGCGAGAAUCCUCAGGAAAGAGUCCUGGAGGCUUUGCGACAGAGGAACCUGAGCGUACCAGAUACAAAAUUCCCAGUCGCUUUGACUAGUGAUCUAAGUAAAAAAGAUCUUGGCCUGUCACCAGACAUGUUUAACAAGUUACAAAGCGAGACUACGACCAUCAUCCACAGCGCAUGGGCCGUGAAUUUCAGUUUAGGCAUUCGCAGUUUCGAAGAACAGCACAUCAAAGGGGUCCACAACCUUGCCCAAUUCUCUCUUUCCGUCUCGACUCCCGCACCGGCCCAUUUCUUCUUCUGCUCCUCCAUCGCCACCGCCCUAGGAACUUCUACACCUGCCAUCAUCCCAGAGACACCCAUCUCUGAUCUCAAAGCCGCGCUUCCUCAAGGCUACGCACGCUCUAAGCUCGUCAGCGAGCGCAUAAUUUGUAACGCAGCUGGAGAUGCGGGUGCUUUGACACGCAUACUACGCAUCGGUCAGAUUGUCGGCGAUGGGCAAAUGGGGCUGUGGAACGAUACCGAAGCAAUACCGCUGAUAAUUCGCUCGGCGCUCACGCUGAAAGCGCUACCAGCUCUUAAUGAGACCGAGUCCUGGCUACCCGUCGACAUCCUAGCAACCACCAUCCUCGACCUUGCAGGCAUUUCUACCGGCACCAUCCCGGUUUCCGACUCUGAGACAAAUCUGGUCUACAAUCUCGAGAGUCCUCACACCUUCUCCUGGACCAGCUCCCUCCUCCCUGAACUGCAACGCUCAGGCCUCGAAUUUUCGACGGUCCCUGUCGUCGAAUGGUUACAGAAGCUGCGAGAGUAUGAGAAGAACGGUGGGGACCCGGAGCGAAACCCCGCUGUUAAGCUGAUUGAUCACUUCGAAAGCAUGUAUGGAAAGGAGAAGACCGGGGAUGUCAAAUUUGAGAUCGAGACUGCGGUGAAGCAUAGUCCGGCCUUGAGAGAGACACCAAGGCUAGUCGAAGACGGAUAUAUCAGAAAGUUCGUGAAAGCUUGGUUGGAGAAGUGGAAAGGAGAAGGGAAAGGUCUACAAGUUGAAAGCUCUGGGUAG